GCUGAAAUCUGCAUAAACGGUCUAUCACAAGCUUAUACAAGUACAAACAUAUAUGGCUUUGGACAUGAGCAAAAUUAUCAGACCUUUGAAUGAGACAGCUGUGGACGAAAUUGAUACAAUUGAGAGGAUUAAAACAGGGUUUAUGCAAUUCAAGAUCAACGAAUUCGACAAACAUCGAGAAUAUUACAAUGAACUUGCAGAAGGCCAGAGCCCCAAGUUUUUGGUGUUUGCAUGCUCGGACUCGAGAGUCUGCCCUUCUCAUAUCCUAAACUUCCGACCAGGGGAAGCCUUUAUGUCACGGAAUAUUGCUAAUUUGGUCCCUGCAUUUAACCAGGUUAGAUAUUCUGGAGUUGGUGCAGUCAUUGAAUAUGCAGUCGCAGUUCUUAAGGUGGAGAUUAUUCUGGUCACAGGGCACAGUUGUUGUGGUGGAAUUAAGGGUCUCAUGUCUCUUCCCAGUGAUGGAACAACUUCUAAUGACUUUGUAGAUGACUGGGUCAAAAUUGGUUUACCCGCCAAGGCCAAGGUGACAUCAGAGCAUAGCGAUUUACUACCGGAGGAACAAUGCAAGAUUUGUGAAAGGGAGGCAGUGAAUUUGUCAUUGGUGAACCUAUUAACAUAUCCAUAUGUGAGAGAUGGAGUAGCUAACAAAACUCUACAAUUGAUGGGUGGACACUAUGAUUUUGUCAACGGAACUUUUAGCCUCUGGGGUCUCGACUUCGGCUUCAAACCCCCUCUCGACUUCGGCUUCCCCUUAAUCUGCCCUAUGAAAAUUUAAGUUUUGACCAUUAUAUGUCGAGACUUAAAUUUCCUACUUUCUCUCUUUAAAAAUGUGUGCUGUGUGUUGCUAUGAGCAAUAAUAAUCGAUAUUGAAUAAGACAGAACACCUCUUGUGUGCUUCUGUCAUAUUUUGGUAUUUCAUUGUAGUUUGUUGUGUAUUAACUUCCUUUUGGGAGAAGAUAAUAUUUAAGUCUUUAUGACUCUCGUGAAUUGGAAAUACUUUAUCUUCCUUGUA